CUUGUAUAUAUUUCACUCGCUGCCUUGGAAGAAGAUUUUGAGAAAACCAGUCCUCUCGAUGUACAGUUCGCUUCUGCUUGUCUACUUUAAAUCGCAGGCGACAGAGCCACAAUGGUGGUUCGGUUAGUGUCUUGAGGGAAAUCGUCACCUUUAAGCUUUAAAUGCGUUCAGUUUUCGUUGAUUCUCAAGCACUGCUCAGAUCAGUUGUUUAAACAAGUUUCUUCGUAAGUGAAUAAUAAAAGGAAAAAGAUGGCCUCAUUAAUGUCAACUCGAUUGCUUCUUCUUGCUGGGGAGUCGUUACCUUUCCGAAAGUCAGUACCUCUUUCCAGAAUAACUUGGUGCUGCCAUAGUGUACGUUUUGUGUCUCGAGUUGUUCAUGAUCAUGGGCCUCUCACUCUUGCAAGCCUUGCGUUCAAGAGUUUUGAACAAACAAAUGAGAGAGCAACGACUAAACUUGAGAAACUGGUUUCUUCUACCCAAGUCCCCAAAAGCAAAGUGAAAGCUGUUGGGAGCAGCGGAAGCAAGGCUGUCAGAGCUAAAAUACCUGUUGAAAUAGACCCUUCUUUAUUUUCAGCAAAAUCAUUUUCUGAGCUUGGCCUCCCUCGUCUUCUGUUAGAGAGGUUAGAAUCCGAAGGCUUCACAAUUCCCACUGAUGUUCAAUCUGCAGCUGUUCCUACAAUUCUCAAGGGUCAUGAUGUUGUAAUUCAGUCUUACACGGGGUCUGGAAAAACCCUGGCCUAUCUCCUCCCUAUAUUGUCUCAAGUUGGCCCACUGAUGAAUAAAUCUUCCAGUUUUGAUGAUGAAGCUGGGAAGAAAACAGAUCAUAUAAAGGCUGUUAUUGUGGCUCCAUCAAGGGAGUUGGCAAUGCAAAUUGUAAGGGAGGUUGAGAAACUGCUAGGACCUGAAAACAGGAAAGUAGUUCAGCAACUUGUAGGAGGUGCAAACCGAUCUAGGCAGGAAGAAGCCCUCAAGAAAAACAAGCCAGCAAUUGUUGUUGGAACGCCUGGUCGGAUAGCAGAGAUCAGCACAGCUGGGAAGCUUCACACUCAUGGUUGUAAUAUUUUGGUCUUAGAUGAAGUUGAUGAGCUUCUCUCCUUUAAUUUCCGUGAUGACAUGCAUAGAAUAUUAGAGCAUGUAGGGAGGAGGUCGGGUGCCCCACUUCAACCUAAGAGCCAGCAUUCUCAGAGGGUUGAACGACAGACAGUUUUGGUGUCUGCAACAGUGCCAUUUUCAGUAAUUAGGGCAGCUAGCAGCUGGGGCCGUGGCCCACUUCUUGUUCAAGCCAAAAAAGUGAUCCCACUUGAAUCCUUUGCAAUAUCUCGGCCUGUUAAUUUGUCAGGGCCAUUGACCACAGAGACAAAUUAAGUGGAGGCACAAACGGCAAUCCAGAGCCUACCUCCAGCUUUGAAGCAUUACUAUUGCGUGACAAAAUUGCAACACAAGGUUGAUGCAUUAAAAAGAUGUGUUCACGCACUUGAUGCACAGUCUGUAAUAGCUUUCAUGAACAACACUAGACAGCUAAAAGAUGCAGUCUUCAAGCUAGAGGCUCGAGGAAUGAAAGCGGCAGAGCUACAUGGGGAUCUUGGAAAGCUUGCUCGGUCUACAACAUUGAAAAGAUUCAAGAGUGGGGAGGUGAGAGUUCUAGUAACAAAUGAGCUAUCAGCAAGGGGUUUGGAUGUGGCAGAUUGUGAUCUUGUGGUUAAUUUAGACUUGCCCACUGACUCAAUUCACUACGCACAUCGGGCAGGCCGAACAGGUAGGCUUGGCAGGAAGGGUACUGUGGUCACAAUAUGUGAGGAACCAGAAGUUUUUGUUGUGAAGAAGUUGCAAAAGCAGCUUGGAGUCCCCAUUCCAGCUUGUGAAUUUACCGAGGGAAAGCUUGUUGUCACCAAAGAAGAGAAAACUUCAGAUGCUGCAAGGUGAUACCUAUUCGGUUCUUUGGAUUUAUCAUCUCUGAAUCUAAAGAAUUAAUCAGAUAUUCAAGGUCGCUUCGUGAUUUAUUUUUUUUCUCAAGCUAGGUAAAAGAUUACAGGCCAUGUCAGUAUCUGUAUCUAUUAGGAAUCAAAUUUGCAUACAUUUCUGUGAAGCUUGAUAUAUGAUAUUGCCUUGUGAUAAA